UAAAUAAAUAAAAAACCGUUAGUCCAAAUGGCACCCCAAAACCUUUAUAUUUCUAAUAACAUGGUAUAUAUAAUUUCAAAAAACCGUUAUAUCUACCAUUCCCUCAAAACCAAAUGCCCAACCGCCAUGUCCUUCACCGCUAAAUGCCCGACCGUUGUUUCCCGCCUCAAAAACUCUCUCUUUCACCAUCACGCUCUGCACACCACUGUCCCUCAAAAUCCCACCAAUUUCACCCAAAAUUUCAAGAGCCCCACGCACCAAACUCUGCACCACCUCCUAGAGCAAUGCUCCUCCAUGAGAGAACUCAAGCAACUCCAAGCCCAAAUCAUCCUCCAUAGCCUCACCAAUGAAAACCUCACCCUCGGAAAAUUCAUCUCCUUCUGCUCCGUCAACCACGCCGGCAACCUCCACUACGCGCAGCUUUUGUUCGACCAUGUUCAUGAACCCAAUAAGUUUAUGUACAAUAGUCUCAUAAGAGGCUACUCAAAUAGUGAUGACCCAUUUAAGGCUUUCUCGCUGUACUGCCAAAUGGUUCGUUCAGGACUUUCGCCGAACGAGUUUACGUUACCCUUUGUUCUUAAGGUUUGUGCUGGGCAGUCUGCGUAUUGGGAAGCUGUGGUUGUUCAUGGUCAGGCGAUUAAAAUAGGAAUUGGGUCUCAAGUUUGCGUGCAAAAUGCUCUUAUUAAUGUCUACGGUGUUUGUGGGUCGAUCCGGAGCGCUCGGAAUGUGUUUGACGAUAUGUCUGAGAGGAGUCUGGUUUCAUGGAAUUCGAUGAUAGGCGGGUAUGCUAGAAUGGGUUCAUGCAAGGGAGCUUUUUUAUUGUUUAGGGGGAUGAGAGAUUUUGGGGUUGGGCCUGAUAAGUUCACCUUGGUUAAUUUACUUUCUGUUUGUUCACAGUCUUGUGAUUUAGAAUUGGGACGGUAUGUGCAUCUUUAUAUUGAGGUUAGUGGGAUUGAAGUUGAUCAAAUUCUGAGAAAUGCUCUUCUGGAUAUGUAUGCUAAGUGUGGCCAUUUGCACUUGGCACAAACGAUUUUUUAUCGAAUGACUCACAAAAAUGUGGUUUCAUGGACGUCAAUGGUUAGUGCAUAUGCUAAACAUGGGCUCAUUGAAUUUGCCCAGGAAUUUUUUGAUCAGAUGCCACUGAAAAAUGUGGUUUCGUGGAAUUCAAUGAUUUCAUAUUAUGUCCGAGAAGGCCAAUGCAGGGCGGCCUUGGAUCUCUUCCAAAGAAUGCUUAAUUCUGGUGCGUUGCCUGAUGAAGCUACCUUGGUUUUCAUCCUUUCAGCCUGUAGUCAAAUUGGUGAUUUGGUCAUUGGAAAGAAAACCCACAGUUACAUUUGCAACAGCAAUGUAACACCCAGUGUAACUCUUUUUAAUUCCCUUAUAGACAUGUAUGCAAAAUGUGGUGCUGUUGGAAUAGCCAUGGACCUCUUUACUCAGAUACCAGAAAAGAAUGUAGUAUCAUGGAACGUUAUCAUUGGGGCCCUUGCACUGCACGGUUGUGGAUUCGAAGCAAUUAGGAUAUUCAAACAGAUGCAAGCAGGUGGAAUCUGGCCCGAUGAGAUCACCUUCACUGGGUUGCUUUCUGCUUGUAGUCACAGCGGUCUUCUAGACAUGGGGCGAUAUUACUUUGAAAGAAUGGAGUCUAUUUACAGAAUAUCACCUGAAAUUGAGCACUAUGCUUGUAUGGUUGAUCUGCUGGGGCGAGGGGGUUUUUUGGAAGAAGCAAUUAGGCUGUUAAUAGGAAUGCCAAUGAAGCCCGAUAUUGUUAUUUGGGGUGCUUUGCUUGGUGCUUGUAGGAUCCAUGGAAAUGUAGAUUUAGGCAAACAAAUUCUGAAGCAGCUUUUAGAGUUGGAAGGACAUGGUUCUGGGCUUUAUGUACUUCUCUCGAACAUAUUUGGUGAAGCUCACAGAUGGGAAGAUGUUAAGAAGAUCAGGAAACUAAUAAAAGAUGGUGGAGUCAUAAAGAGUAGAGCAGUGAGCUCCAUUGAAAUUGAUGGCUGUGUUUAUGAAUUUAUGGUUGAUGACAAGAGACAUGAAACUUCAAGCAGUAUAUACUCCAUGCUUGAUCAAUUAACGGAUCAUCUAAAGUCUACUGGGUAUGCUCCAAGUGCAUUUUUGGAUAUAGAGGAAUUGUAGUACUGCUGUAUCAGUAAGUUUUAAAGCCUCUGAUAUUUAUUACACUUUUUAAUGACUUGCAAAAAGGCAUUGACUGCUUGUGUUUUUUGUACCAAAAUAAUUGGGGAGAAACUCGCGUUAACUACUUUGCUUUUGGAAAUCAAGUUGAAGAUUUCUUCGUCUAGUCUAAAUCGUGAAGUGAUUAGCUACUCCCGACUGACAUGAAAAGAUGUUGGUCUAGUUUUAAUUUACUGACUGACUGUAUGGAAGUGGAAAUUCAAUCCUUGGGGUUCUUAAGUUGAGCGUGUGAAAAGUAAAUGUGCCAAGAUAUUAAGUUGCAGCUGAUAUUAUGCAAUUAAAAGUAUCACAGAACUAAUGAAAAUCCUACUUAACUAAGUAGGACAUAUGUUAUGUAACAAGAAGAAAUAUAUUCUACAAGCUGGUUUCUCCCUUUCAGGAUGUUCGGUGAUUCAUGCCAUGUCAGAUGAUCAAGAUAUGCGGAAGAUGGGGAGGCUUGCCUCCUCGUUCCCUUUAACCUAUGCCAGUGUGGAAUUAAGAUUACAGAACAGAGCUUGAGCAACUGAAUUCAGACUAUUUCUAGCUCAGGAAAAGAAUCAUUAACAUGGAAAACAUGCAGCAAGAACCUGACACUAAGUGAUGCAUCAUGGUCAUCGCCAAUAACAUUAUAAGACAAAUUCAACAAAUGUGAAAAGGCACAUUGAAAACAAUGAGUGCGUAGCAAAACUUGGAAGGACGACCACAACCAACUUGCAGGUCACAAAUUUUUCCGGAGCUUCAGUCAAGCUGCAGCUCAUAGGUUGUGCAGCAGCUACAGACGGAUGGGAACAACUAGAACUUCCUUAUAAGUUUUAUUCAAUAUUAUCGAAUGCAAACUAUGUAGCCAAAAGAAAAUCCAAAGUACAAUCUUACAAACCAUACUGAGCCAAACAAGGAAAGAAGAAGGAAGGGCACAUCCAAUCCAAGAACCAAUUUGACCAUGGAAGGGAGGUCUUCCCAAAUCUUGAGGGGCUAUAAGAGGUGGGGUCUUGACAACCAUGCAUGGAUAAAGUGCUCUGGAUCGAAGAACUUUCAUGGAAGUAAGUGUGUGGGCUGCAGGAUAGUAGAGUAGCAUAGCUAGCUAAUAGAAACAGUAAAGGGCGGCCGAGUUUGGAUCGAUUUGAAUAAUAAGUUAAAACAAAAAUAAAACAAAAAAGGAAGAAGCUUGGCACCGGGAUACAUGGAGCAUGCAGAUUGCAGAGAUGGGGCUCGAACCAGCAGACCCCCCGGAUCAGCUUACGCCACCCUUUGUCGGAUUGUUUGCAAAUAUACACAUAAUUUUGCUACUUGUUGAUUGAGUGUUGCACUUUCCAAGGCCCUUCUUUUCCACGUGCCCUUCCUCAUGCCUUGCAGCGAGGCACCUUGCACUCUCCUCACCAUGCCACGUUUUCCUCUUCAUUUUUUCCCAUUUCUUUCUUCUUUUCAUUCUUCCUUUCUGAUUCAUUCUCUGCCUCUGUGGACACUGCUGCCCUUGGAGUUGUCCCAAUUUUCCCCUAAUCUGCCACUUGCAGACGUCGCAGUGUAGCAGCCACUCAAAUCUCUUUUUACCACCAACUGUAUAUUCACUCUUUUCUUUCUCUCUGUUAAAUUACCCUCUUCCUCUUCCAAUUUCACCUGCAGUUUUGUCCGUGGAUUUUUGAGUGACAAGGCUCCUCUCCUCUCACUCAACUGCUCCCAUGUGAAAAAUCUGUAUGGAAUGGGAUAUUUUGUGUCUUGGCAAUGUGAAUAUCAUGUGACAAUUGGAGAGUGGUAUUAGAUGACUAUUGUCCUUAGGACUCUUAUCUUGUAUUUACGUUUAUCUUCUUGGUUAUCUGAUAACAUUGUAUCCUUAUCAUAUUUGAUAUAGGACUCUAUCUGUAAUACUGUAUAAAUCAAUACAAUAUGCCCUCAUGAAGAUUGAGGCUUUACCCCAUA